AUGGAUAGAGAGUCCGUCUACACCUUGUCCGUCUUCCCAGAGGACCGCAGCCAGACGGCUUCGGAUUCGCGCGCCGCUGUACAAGAACAGAUUGUCGACUUUAUCAUGACAUUUCACAUCGACGGCACCUACAUAUACAGAGACCAGAUCCACCAGAACGUCAACUCUAAACACUACUAUUGCGACGUCAACUAUGAUCACAUCAACAACCCCAACCCGCCACUCGCCCACCGCUUGAAGAAUGAGCCUGCCGACAUCAUUCCGCUGUUCGAGGCCGCCCUCAAGCACUGUGCUCAGCGCAUCGUCUACCCUUCGCAGCGCAACAUCUCUCUACCGCCAUUCCAGCUCUUGCUCCACUCGACCGACUCGCACACCUCCAUCCGUGGCCUGACCGCUACUCACGUCUCCCGACUCGUUCGCAUCCCUGGCAUUGUCAUUGGAGCCAGCACCCUUUCCUCAAAAGCAACCCUCUUGCAUAUCCAAUGCCGCAACUGCCAGCACUCACAGAACAUAUCCGUUUUGUCUGGCUUCUCUGGUCUCACUCUGCCCCGUACAUGUGCUCGCGCCUCGCAACCCGGCGAAGACUCGACAAACUGUCCCCUGGACCCUUACUUUGUCGUCCACGAAAAAUGCCACUUCAUCGAUCAGCAGGUCAUCAAGUUGCAGGAAGCUCCCGAUGAUGUACCAGUCGGUGAAUUGCCUCGUCACAUCCACAUCUCAGCAGACCGAUACCUGACCAAUCGUCUCGUCCCCGGUUCGCGAUGCACAGUCACCGGUGUCUUCAGCACAUAUCAAUCAAAGGCCAAGGGCUCGGGCGCCGCUGUCGCAAUCCGUACUCCAUAUCUUCGUGCCGUUGGUAUUCAGUCCGAUGUUGACCACACAGCCAAAGGUGGUGCUCAUUUCACAGAAGAGGAGGAACAAGAAUUCCUCGAGAUGAGCAGGAGGCCUGACCUAUACGAACGCUUUGCCGAGUGUAUCGCCCCCUCCAUCUACGGCAACAAGGAUAUCAAAAAGGCAAUUACCUGCUUACUCAUGGGUGGUAGCAAGAAGAUUCUGCCCGACGGCAUGAAGCUUCGUGGUGAUAUCAACGUCCUACUCCUCGGUGAUCCUGGUACCGCAAAAUCCCAACUACUCAAGUUCGUCGAGAAAGCUGCUCCCAUUGCCAUCUACACUUCCGGAAAAGGUUCCUCUGCAGCUGGUUUGACCGCCUCGGUCCAGCGCGACCAAAACUCUCGCGAAUUCUACCUGGAAGGUGGUGCCAUGGUGUUGGCAGACGGUGGUGUAGUCUGUAUCGAUGAAUUCGACAAGAUGCGAGACGAAGAUCGUGUAGCCAUCCACGAAGCUAUGGAACAACAGACUAUUUCGAUCGCAAAGGCUGGUAUCACGACCAUUCUCAACGCUCGAACUUCCGUGCUCGCAGCUGCCAACCCCAUCUUCGGACGCUACGAUGAUCUCAAAUCUCCUGGCGAAAACAUCGACUUCCAAACCACUAUUCUGAGUAGAUUCGAUCUCAUCUUCAUUGUCAGGGACGAGCACGACCGUGGCCGCGAUGAGCGCAUCGCAAAGCACGUCAUGGGAAUUCACAUGGGCGGCAAUGGUAACCAAGACCAACAACCUGUGUCGUCUAUCCCUGUUGAGAAGAUGAAGCGCUACAUCAGCUACUGCAAGUCGCGUUGCGCGCCUCGUCUAUCACCCGAGGCCGCCGAAAAGUUAUCUUCGCAUUUUGUCAGUAUCAGAAGACAAGUCGCCCAGGCCGAAGCAUCUGCCAACCAACGUUCGAGUAUCCCGAUCACUGUCAGACAGUUGGAAUCACUUGUUCGUAUCACCGAAGCCUUGGCCAAGAUUUCCCUGUCACCUAUCGCCACAGAACACCACGUCGACGAAGCAAUCCGCCUGUUCCUGGGCAGUACCAUGGACGCCGUCCUCUCACAGAACGGCGAAUCCAACGCUGCCAAUGCAGCCGGCAUCUCGGGCAACCGCGAGCUUGUCGACGAGAUCGCAAAAGUCGAAGACGAGUUGCGAAAGCGCUUGCCAAUCGGCUACACAGCAAGUCUGACUACAUUGAGACGCGAAAUCGUGGAUAGGAAGAAUUACUCCGAACAAGCACUCAACAGGGCUAUCUGGGCAUUGCAAAAGAGAGACAGCAUACAACUUCGCAAGGGCGGUGCCCAAGUUUACAGAAGUGGUGUCUAA